AGUAAAUAGUGGUGAUGUCAUGCAGGCAAGAUGGCGGAAGGGGAGGACGUGGGCUGGUGGCGGAGCUGGCUGCAACAGAGCUACCAGGCAGUCAAGGAGAAGUCCUCCGAAGCCUUGGAGUUCAUGAAGCGAGACCUGACGGAGUUCACCCAGGUGGUACAGCAUGACACAGCCUGCACCAUUGCGGCCACAGCCAGCGUGGUCAAGGAGAAGCUAGCUACUGAAGGCUCCUCGGGGGCAACAGAGAAAAUGAAGAAGGGGUUGUCUGACUUCCUAGGGGUGAUCUCCGACACCUUUGCUCCCUCACCGGACAAAACCAUAGACUGCGAUGUCAUCACCCUGAUGGGCACACCCUCUGGCACAGCUGAGCCCUAUGAUGGCACGAAGGCUCGCCUCUAUAGCCUGCAGUCAGACCCGGCAACCUACUGCAAUGAACCAGAUGGGCCCCCGGAAUUGUUUGACGCCUGGCUUUCCCAGUUCUGCCUGGAGGAGAAGAAGGGGGAGAUCUCAGAACUCCUUGUAGGCAGCCCCUCCAUCCGGGCCCUCUACACCAAGAUGGUCCCAGCAGCUGUUUCCCAUUCAGAAUUCUGGCUUCGGUAUUUCUAUAAAGUCCAUCAACUAGAGCAGGAGCAGGCCCGGAGGGAUGCCCUGAAGCAACGGGCAGAACAGAGCAUCUCUGAAGAGCCUGGCUGGGAGGAGGAAGAAGAGGAGCUUGUGAGCGUUUCACCCACGUCUCCAAAAGAGGCAAAGGUUCCUGUGGCCAAAACUUCCACAUCCCCUGAAGGAGGACCUGGCCCCCUGAGCCCCUGUGAAGAGAAUCCUGUGACUCCAGCUGAGCCUCCUACAGAGGUGACCCCGUCAGAGAGCAGCGAGAGCGUCUCCCUCGUGACGCAGAUCGCCAAACCUGCCACUGCAGCUGAGGCACCAGGGUUGCCCAAGGACCUGUCCCAAAAGCUUCUAGAGGCAUCUUUGGAGGACCAGGGUCUGACUGUGGAUGUGGGUGAGACUGGGCCCCCGCCCCCAGCUCCGUUGAAGCCCCACACCCCUGCUGGCCGCCCCAGUGGCCCAGAGCCCAGGCCUCCAGCCAGAGUAGAGACUCUGAGAGAGGAGGUGCUCACAGACUUACGGGUGUUUGAGCUGAACUCCGACAGUGGGAAGUCUACCCCCUCUAACAAUGGAAAGAAAGGCUCAAGCACGGACAUCAGCGAGGACUGGGAAAAGGACUUUGACUUGGACAUGACCGAAGAAGAAGUGCAGAUGGCACUCUCCAAAGUGGAUGCCUCUGGGGAGCAGGCUCUGCUUGCCCUAAGUUCCAGGAUGGAUGGUGGGAGAGUUCCUGACAUUAGCGCUGCAUGAAAGUCACCGGAGGAACUACUAAAAAAAAAACGCAGGCUCCAAACCCUGCCCUACAUCUUCUGAUUCAUGGUCCCCAGCGAUGGGACCUGAACAGAUUUCCUGGCCUUGGGGCAAACAGCAGUGUGAUCUAGGGCAAGUCACUUAACCUGAGCUUCUGUUUCCCCAUCGAAAACCUAGAACUGGCCCUAGAAGCUUGUAAGCUGUGAUAAAUAACACACCUAGACAUGUUAGGCAUCGUGCCUAAGACAUGGGAGUAGCAGUGAACAUUUCUGAAGCCACCACAAAACCCAGUCCAACUAGAAGCUCAGAGGCCUUCCUACUCUUAGGCUUCUUCACCUGCCAGAGUCGAGUGGGCCAUUUUGAAUGAAAGACAGGGAGAAAAGCUCUCACAACUACUAAGUGACGGGACUGAGGCUCCAGCCCAGACAUCUGAUUCAAGUCAGUGUUUCUUCCACUGUCACCCAAGAACCACAUGAUUCCUUCCACCCUGUAGCUCAUGAACCUGCUGUAAAGAGGGGAACAGAUGAGAGAGACAGGCAGGGCCUCGGUUUUCAUAUUGGAAAACUGAAGCCCAGGGAGAGGUAGAGACCCACCCAAGAGUCUUUGGCUCCUGUGACCUCACUAUACCCAGAGCAGAGAAGGCCCCUGAGCCCCUCUCAUGUCACAGGGGCUUGAUGCUUUCUGUGUUUCUACGGCCCUCUGUAAAACCUGACAGCUGGUUACGUAAGCAGAGUCAUUCUACCGCCGAGAGGACCCGGGAUCAGCUGACAGCAGGCCGACAGAAAGUGCCCUGGGGACACUUGAGCUGGGGGAGCAGGGUGCUAGAGCCCCUGAGGAAGACCCUGUGAGUGCCCGAGCCCAGUGCCACCUUGCUUC